AUGAACUCGACGAUACUACCAGUCGAAGUGAUCGAAGCCCAUUUGGACACGAUCGAUCUCAUCGCAGCCAUGUAUCCCUCGUCGGGCGAGGUCGAGAUUUCCGAAUCCUCGGCUGAAUGGAUUGACAGACUGCGCGAGUGGUUUCUGGACCCAACCUCGGCACUUGCACCAGCGCAGAUCCCUCCAAACCUCUCAGUGACGGUCCGUCUGCCAGUUGGGGGACAAGACAAAAGUAUUCAGGUCAUCGUCACCUUUCCGCUGCGGACGGAGACUGAGGGUUCUGAAGGCGCGGACCGGCUUCCACCAAUGAGAUAUUCACUUCGGCAGCCCGAUUGGAUGUCCAAAGCAGAAGUGGCAGCUUUGUCUGCGGGCAUCCCAAACCGUAAUGGCGAUGCGCUGGAAGCAUUUGAUUAUAUCCAGGCCGAAGGUGCCCGCUUACUCGAAACAAAGCAAACGCAAACCGUGUCUGCUGAAGGGUCAGACGCAACCAAAGCUUCCAGCGGUCCUCUUGUGCGCGUAUGGUUCUACUUCCCGUCUUUGUCGACGCGGAAAAAGAGAGAUGACAUGGUCAAUCUGGCACCGGGGUACGGUCUAACAGGGUUCGUGCUGGCGGGGAAGCCGGGUGUGCUCUGUUUGGAAGGCUUGUCGGUGGAUAUUGAUGCCUAUAUGAGUUUCAUCAAGACGCAUUCUUGGGGUGACAUCCCAAGUCAUCAAAAGAAAGUCAGUGAGCGAUUUCGAGAAACGCAGAACAUCCAACGUGUGUUUCUGGGAAUGGAGGAGAUCACAGACUCGCUGGGGGCACGCGGUGGGCAGCGGGCCAAUCGAGGUGAUAUGCAGGCACUGGAGGCUUGGUUGGGGGAAAGAGGCUUACGGCAGGCAUUUGAACAAGUCAUAUUCUAG